AUGUACGACACUAUGUUGAAGCACGCUUCAUUAAAUGUUGCUUUCAGGCACGUAGUUGAUGUUGUUCAUAUGAUGGAGACAACACUUGAUGAUAUUUCUGUUCAACAAUUGAAUGAUGGUGGCCAGUGUGUGAUGGACGACCAAAUUGUUGACAAUGACAACGAUGUCGACCUUGUUCCGAGAGUUCACAUGUGCUUCGAGACACUUGAUGCAGUUAAAAAAUUUUACAGAGACUUUGCUGUUAGAACUGGAUUUGGUAUUAGAAUAAGAAGUUCAAAGAAGGGAAAGGACAACGAACUUAAAUAUGUUAAACUUGUCUGUUGUCGCGAAGGUAAUUAUGUCUUCACCAUACGUCCAGAGCUUAAGACACUACCUAGCCAGACCAAUCAAUGUCAGGCUGGAAUAUCGGUCGGUAAAAAGGAUGGGAAAUGGCACAUAAGAAGUGUUGUCAUGGAGCACAGCCACAAUAUUAGUCCUAUUGAAUCAAGGCUGAUAUCAGGAAAUCGUAAAGUUAAUAUUCAUGCUAGGGAAACAGUUGACAUAAACGACGAAGCCGGGGUCCGCAUCAACAAGAGUUAUCGUUCACUGGUGUGCGAAGCUGGAGGAUAUGAGAAUGUUACUUUUAUUGAGCGAGAUGUGAGGAAUUACAUAGCUCAUAAAAGAAGGCAAUUAUGCAAGGAUGGGGAUGGACAAGCUUUGCUUCGACACUUUUCCCACAUGCGUGAAGUCAACAAUGACUUCUUCUUUGAAAUUGACAUGGACGAAGACAAUAGAAUAUCAAAUGUUUUUUGGGCGGAUUCACGGAGCCGAGCGGCAUGCGAGUAUUUUGGUGAUGUUGUAUCGUUUGACACAACAUAUUUGACAAACAAGUACGACAUGCCAUUUGCACAGUUUGUUGGUGUUAAUCACCACGGGCAAUCAAUUUUAUUGGGGUGUGGUCUAGUAUCUGCAGAGGACACAUCAACAUUUGUAUGGUUGUUUAGGUGUUGGUUACGUUGCAUGUCCAACAGGGCACCUGAAGGGAUCAUCACUGACCAAUGCAAAGCUAUGCGCAAUGCAAUUCAAAUUGUUUUCCCGAACACCAAUCAUAGAUGGUGCCUUUGGCAUAUAAUGAAAAAGGUUUCGGAAAAAUUGCAGGGUUACACACAGUACAAUGUUAUCAAAAGUCAAAUGAAGGCACUAGUGUAUGACUCAAGUGGUGUUGACCAAUUUGAGGUUGGUUGGAAUGAAUUCAUCACAAAUAACGGCCUUGUUAACAACGAGUGGCUAUGUUCGUUGUACGAGGACAGACAUCUGUGGGUGCCUUGUUAUUUGAGAAAUAAAUUUUGGGCUGGAAUGUCAACGACACAACGAAGUGAAGGUAUGAAUGCAUUUUUUGAUGGGUUCAUAAAUUCCACCACUUCAUUGCAACAGUUCGUCGUCCAGUACGACAACGCACUUAGGCAAAAAGCAGAGAAGGAAUUUGAGGCUGACUUCGCAUCUGUUAACACCACAAUUCCGUGUGGGUCGCAAUCCCUAAUUGAGAGGCAAUUUCAGUUGCACUAUACCCAUGCUAAAUUUGGUGAGAUUCAGAAUGAAUUUAGAGCGAAGAUGAAUUGCUUUGUUAUGAAUGUUGUCAAAGAUGGAACCAUUUGGAAUUACAAUGUUAAGGAAAACUUCUUAUGGAAUGCCAAGAGGGCCAACAAAUUUCAUGACGUGCUGUUUGACUCCACCACAACAACAAUCAAAUGUACUUGUCUACUAUUUGAGUUUCGUGGUAUAUUAUGUCGACACUGUUUCUUAGUUCUUGGGCAGGAAGACAUUGAUUGUGUCCCUGAACAGUACGUCCUAAGGAGGUGGUCCAAAAAUGUUAGAAGACGACACACUUUGAUGAAAGCAGCGUACAACCGAAGUUCGGAUGAUCCACAAAUGCAAAGAUUCCAGUCAUUACGGAAGAGAUUUAAUGACAUCGGUGAGGUCGCAUGUGAAACAGAAAGUGUUGCCCAAUCGGUGUAUGAUCAGUUGAACACAAUUGCAACUACAUUAGGGUUACCAAAUGAACCCAAUCCCUUCAGAUGUGGGGACGACCAUCCAAGUGCUUGUCAUGAGGAUCACAGCUUACCCGACCAUGUUAUGUCUUCUGCACAUCACAGCAAUAUUGUUCGAAGUCCCAUUCACGUAAAAAGGAAAGGUAGACCACGGACAAAUAGGUUGAAAUCAACUGUGGAAAAGAUAACAAAAAGGAAGAAAACAGCUGCGGCAAGAAACAAAGCAUCUCGCAAUUUAAUGGACCCGCCGGCAAUUCAUUCAGAACCAAAUUUCCAAGAUAUCCCAGUGCAAGACCAUCAAACAUUACAAUCCUACAUUCCACACGCAGGUUUCAUGUCCCUUCUAACAUCACUGCACUCUGAAUUUAAUCAGUGUCCCCUUCCCACCACAACAACAAACCUCGCAUCAGUUGAGGAUUACUGA